UAUUGCGGUGAUCCGGGUCUUCCACCCGACGCCACGCUUUACAACGUAAACACCGGUCGUAUUCGUUACCACUCGGGAGAAGUGGUCCGAUACCGGUGUAGUCCUGACUUUCAUACGUUCAGUCAAACCAGAAAAUGUGUUUCCGGCCGUUGGGUCGGAGAGAUGGCCCGAUGUGAAAACCCAUUACUAUUUGCCAACUCCUUUCACGCCAGUCGUCACGAAUCGGGUCCCAUAACAGUGAACGGCUCGUCGUGUUAUAUCUGGAAAUUCAAACUCCAGAGGCCGACAAUCAUACCAUUCCUAACCAUAGACUUCGCCACUCAACUCAACCCAAAGGAGACAAUCAACGCAUCGGUCGACGACUUUAACGUCACUUCAAUGCGAACCGAAGUGUUAAUUGUGGAGCCAUUCGUGAGUCCGUAUAGAAUUUGUCGGCGAUUAAGUAAAUCGGAUUUCCUUAACGGCGAUCCCAUCACUAACUCAACGUAUUUGUUGAGUGGAUAUUAUUUUCGUUGCGAUAAUAUCGGUGAAAAUGAGUACAAACUCGAGUCGAAGAGAGUGUCGCAAACAUUUUUGGUUCAAACCCGGACUCAGUAUAAACGAGACGUCCAUUUAGUGGCCGUAUUUUUGGCCACACAUAAGAUCGAUCACAAAACCGAUAAACCCGAGUGCGGCAAACCUGAGACUGUAAGCACUGGUGUUAACUUUCGGGAAUCAAAUUUAGGUUUAUCUCAGUUUCAGUUUCAAUGCAACGAUUCAUUCAGUGAUGUGACGCCAAACAGACUCCAAACCCACUCUCCUGUCACCACAUCAGCCGGAAAUCCGUGGUAUUCAAUGAAUUGUACAAUCAAUGGCUUCUUUGAGGGCCAGUUCCCGGUCUGUGUGCCGAAGACUCAGUGCCCGGGAAUUGAGUACUUGGAAGAGACCAAAGACCCGAGUGUUGUCAUUGAAUCCCUAGAAAACGUUUUCUACUUGAAUGCUAGUCAUUGGGUGCCCACAGAGUAUAGUCAUGUGAACUAUGGCUGUAUAGAUGCCGAGCAUAUAGUUAUUGGCAGACUUUCCAGGAUUUGCCUGAAGGGCGGCAUUUGGAGCAGUAAUGUACCGAAAUGCUCGGCUUAUGUAACACCAGAUUCGCUGAGCCCAGUGGCACAGUCUCCGUGGACUACAUCGGUUUACGCGGACGUGAAGAGCAGUAGUAUUUACUACAUCUACGAUGACUGCGAGACCAGUACUUCUGGGGCCCGGUUUGGGAGUCGACCAAACAAUAGGGUCACCAGAAAAAGCCAUCCAAAAUAUAAAUAUGAUGCCGAGUACAUUGAUUUUGAGGGCUCAUCCAGCGUGGACAAUUCCGAACCAUUGUACAUCCCUAUACUACCGCCCACU